GGACGUCACUUCCGGGAUCCCGGGCUCUGACUGGCCGGAGCGCUUCGGCGCUUUUGAUUGGCCGAGCCCAACACCAUCCCAGGGUGCUUUGUGGUAGCAGUUCCUUUCCCCUGGCCGUUCUCCUCCGGAGGAGGCCCGUAGGCAGCAGCCAUGGCGCCCAGCCGGAAUGGCAUGAUCCUGAAGCCCCACUUCCACAAGGACUGGCAGCGGCGCGUGGCCACGUGGUUCAACCAGCCGGCGCGGAAGAUCCGCAGACGCAAGGCCCGGCAAGCCAAGGCACGCCGCAUCGCCCCGCGCCCCGCGUCCGGACCCAUCCGGCCCAUCGUCAGGUGCCCCACGGUGCGGUAUCACACCAAAGUGCGAGCCGGCAGGGGCUUCAGCCUGGAGGAGCUGCGGGUGAGUGCGCCGGGAGGCGCGGGAGGCUCUGCUUGGCGGCCCCCGGUCCAUGAUGACAUUCUCCGGAAUCGCUGCACCUCCUUGAUGAGAGCGCAUUUGAACCCUUUUCCAUCUGACGGCCGGGCACCCGGGUGGGGGCGCGGGGAGCGGAGGCCCCGGGGUGGGGGUCCUGCAUCCGUGUCUGUCUGGGGGCAGGUGGCUGGCAUCCACAAGAAGGUGGCGCGGACCAUCGGGAUCUCCGUGGAUCCGAGACGGCGGAACAAGUCCACGGAGUCCCUGCAGGCCAACGUGCAGCGGCUGAAGGAGUACCGCUCCAAGCUGCUCCUGUUCCCGCGGAGGCCGGCAGCCCCCAAGAAGGGGGACAGCUCGGCCGAGGAACUCAAGCUGGCCACGCAGCUGACAGGACCGGUCAUGCCCAUACGGAAUGUCUACAAGAAGGAGAAAGCCAGAGUCAUUACCGAGGAGGAGAAGAACUUCAAGGCGUUUGCCAGUCUUCGCAUGGCCCGUGCCCAUGCCCGGCUGUUUGGCAUCCGGGCCAAAAGGGCCAAAGAAGCUGCAGAACAGGAUGUGGAAAAGAAAAAAUAAAGCGCCGUUGGCAACUUGA